AGAAUAAGCCUCCCCUCCCUCCCUGAGAGCACAGCCAGUUUUGCUCUCUUGGACUCCCAGCCACGGUUGGCUGCAGCAUCAUUGGGAUUCGAACUCACAAUCGCCAGCCAAUAGGGCAAACGCUUUUCUGUUGCCCCACUCGGGAGCCCUGGGAUAUUUGUUUUUGGGAUGACUACCUUAACUGCAGUAGUAUUUCAGUGCAGUAAGCUGACUGUCAGCAGGCAUUGCCCAUUUGUGCUAACAAAAUGUAUGAGGACAGUAUUUGUGGAGCAGAACAUUAAGCACAAAGAUUUUGCUUUGUGCUGCUGAUUUUAACGCACAUGUUAUUGUUGAGUGUGCUUGCCUUCAUAAAUGGCCCCUUGUGUAUCUCUGCGAUUCUGAAACACUCAAUUUAGACACUGUUAAUCUAAAACACAGAAGACAAACUUGCUUCGUAAAUUUGCCCUUUGUUCCAAGUCAUUCUUAUAAUCAGUGUUAAAGGCUAUUUUUGCCUUUUAAAGUGUCUUCCUUACAGAGGGACUUCUGUUCACAGAUUGUUUUGAGAAAGAAAUGCUAGAUGCUAGCGUGCAGUUCAGGGUUAAAAGCCUGAGAACAGCUAAAUUGGAAACACGUUUAGACAAACAAUGCGUCAGUAUUGGGGGAAUUUAAGAAGGCGCGAGGCAGGCUGAGGGCUAUUCAUCAGGCCCACGCAAAAGGAAGUCAUGCUAUACGCCAGUCUGGGGAGUACUAAGCCGUGCAGGGGAACAAAUUCCAGAGGAAAAAAAAAAAAAGAAACCCCACUUUCUCCCUCCUUCUCUGUGUUUGCAAUAUUUUCAUCCCUGGAGCUGGAGGAUUUUUCUUUCUGAAGUGGCUUUCCUGAAAGAGGAAAGAGUAGGUUGGUGUAGGUGGGGAGAUUCAGGGCCAGGACAAUUACAUAACACAAUCCCAAAUUGCUCAACUUGUUGAAGAUACAGGAAAAAGGUGUAUCCCUGUGUACAUUGUGUUGCUUUCUGUUCACUCUUAUGCAUGGGGUUCUUCUAGGGAUGGCAAAUACUAUGCAGUGGUGGACAAAUCUUGAAUUCUUUAGCUAGACCACCAUGCAAAUGAAAGCUCCAAUGUGCUUCUCAGUCCUGUGUUAGGUUUGCCAAGAAGCCUAUAGGAUAAAAAUCUAAUUAUGUGCAUUAAUACAGAAUAUGGAAAAUGAUCAAGUGCUUGAAUCCCUGGGAGGGGCAACCAUAGUCUUUAUCUUUGUUUAAAAAAAGGCAGAAAAUCUUUGACUAACAUUUUAGUCUAUGAGCCGUGGUGUUCUAUCACGAGCCACACUAAAUGAUGUAUUUAAAUGUAAGCUGACUGUGAGCAUUAGGGUCAUCUAACAGGUUCUGUGCUGCAUUGUGCUGCAUUUUGCUCAGUUUUACAACUGUUUCCACCGUCCUUCGUAUUCCUGAUUCUGGAAAGAUUAUCUAGCAUCCUUUCAAGCCUAAUCGUAAUUAGUAUGCCUAGUAAAAACAGUUCCUACCAACAGCCAAACCACAUCCUCUGUUCACGUGCGCAGUGCAGCAGGUGACGGGAUUCGGAAAAGAGUAGCACGCGCCACAGCAUGGAGGUAUAAAUAUAUGAAAGAAUAUAUGAUGUGCAACUGUGAAUGAAAAGCUAAUGGCCCAGAUACAAAACCUGUUUGUCCCGGGCUACUAAUUUGUCUAUCCCUGCUAUGAUAUGGUAUCAAUAUCACCACUUCUCUGAGAGCACUGUGGAUGUCACUAAUACGUUUGUAACACUGGACAACUUUGUUGGACAUUUAAACAUUUCCUGCAAAAGUGUUUCUUGUUUAAUAUUAAAUAAAAAACCUUUUUUUUCCAUCUUGCUCUACUCUUGAAACUUUGGUAGCAAUCCCUGGGCAAUGCUAAAUAUUAGGAUAUGCAUUAUGUACCAUGAAAAUGUCUUCCAGGAUUGUAAUAUGAGAUUUUUACUGUGUUCCUCAACCCCAGUUUUAUUCUGUCAGUCUUCAUUAGUGGAAAAGUGGCUGCAAUAACUGUGCCACAUGAGAAGGUCUCACAUCAUGUGGUGAGGAAAUCUGUUUAGUUCUUAACUAUUCUGCAUCAAAGAGGGUGGAUUUUUGUAUUGCACACUCACAGACCAUCUUGUUGCAUUACAUCUGACUGUUACUAUGUGACUUAACAGGUGUAAGGGUUUUAGCACUUCAUGUCUAAAUUUGGAAUAAGAAGAACUGCUUUAUCUAAUACUUUAUUAAAAUGGCUGCUGAAUGAGUUUUAAGGAGUAUUUGGAAAUCGGCACACUUUUAAAAGUGCCCCAAAUAUUUACAUAGUUAGAUUUAACCAGUGAGUUAAAGAAAUUUGAUGUGUUUUUAUCCACUCUCAGUCAUUUACUACACUAUUGAAAAAUGAUCCUCAGGUUGAUAUGGAAGUUGUCAGGUGUGUGUGACUGAACAUUUAGUAGCUGCUUACAGCAUUUGUUCUCAGUCAGUUCCUGCGGGAUGCCCAGUGUUGCACAGUUCAGUGUCUUUCCUGUCAUAACACACAUGUAAAUGAAUGAUCAUGUUCUUGCAUGAGUUGAGUCAGAGAAAUAAUUACACAGUAUAGAGAAGAUAUGUGAAAUCACAUGACCCUAAGAUUCCCGUAUUGAACACAUAAAGGCACAAGCCUAGAAAAAAAACAUUGGUUGCACAGAAUAAAAAUUGGAUCUUUCUCUUCACACUAUGUUGCUUUAAUUCUUUAAACAAAACAUUCUCUCUUUCAUUCUUCUUCAGUAAGCACUUUAUCCUGGUCUGGCUCGCAGAGGAUCCGGCGUCUUUCCUGGGAAAACAGCAUGCAGGGCAGGAAUACACCCUGGAUGGGACACCAUUCAAAUGCAGAGCAAAACACACACACUAUUUCACACCUAGGGCCAAUUUAGAGAACUAGUCUACCUACCAUGUUUCCUUGAGAAACGCCUUUCAACAAGGAAAAGUCAAGUGGUCACAGGGAGAAUAUGUUAAACACAGACAAUAACCAAGAUGCAGGAUUGACCCUGGACGAUGGAAAAAAAAAAUCAUGUUAGUCACCUCACCCACUAGUUCAUUCUCUACGUUUCACCUAUCACACAAUCGCUACCAACCAGGGAGGGCGAAGACUAACACAUGCUUCCUUCCAAUCUUUUCAGACUGCUGCUCAUGCAGCUUCACAGCAGCGGCGUGACACACUCGGAGGAAAGCGCUAUCUGCCGUGUUCCAUAUACAUGAGCACAAAAAAAAAAAAAAAAAAAACACACCAUGAUAGUGUAGUGUUGCUCUGAUUGACAGAGGAGAGAAUAGUACCAUCCUUCCCAUCCAGACAGCAUGAUCAAUUUUGCUUGUGGAUCAUGAGCCAUGAAUGUCUGUGGCAUUGUCAGAAUUGGAAUUUGUGAACUCUUUUCUUUUCUGAAUGAAAUGUGUACACAUAUAAGGACAACUUACAGUGGUCUAUAGAAGCUCAUACCUCCUUAGUCAUAUCAUUAACAAUAAUCAGUAGCCAGUGAAAAAAACAGAAUCCUUCUACUGUGUAAACUGUACAUUUGCUAUUAUAAAUGCCAGCAUUCUUUUCCUUCGUGUAUUCACAGGACUUUCUGCAUAUAAUGCACCUUUAUAACACAUCAUCAAUCAAAAUUCAUUUUAGGAUGAGCAAAGUUCAACAGACAGAUAUAUAUUGUGUCGCACACACAAGCCUUUACCUGUGUGUGAUUCUAUAUUUAUAGUAGUGCAUCUGUAUCCUACUCUAUUCGAGUGCACACUCCAUAUUUGGCAGCGUGAACAGCCAGAUGUGUAUAUAUGUGUACUUUGGUAUGUGUAUGUGUGUUACAAUUUGACCUGAUACAACAAUCAUGUUGUAUGUAGGAAUGAUGGAAAAGUAGGUUAGGGAUGGAGAUCUCAGCCCAGUUGUGUAUAUGUGAUGUUUGCUCUUCCUGAGAGGCUGUUUAAUUGCACUGCAUGUGUUUUUGUGUGUGCGUGUGCGUGUGUGUGUGUGUGUAUAGGAUAUGAGAGUUUAGGAUUACUAGCUGCUGCAAUCCUUUUCCUGGAAUGGAUUAAAUGUAGAACUCCCUGCUUCACUCAAUAUGAAGUAGUCAAUCUCCCAUAUAUAGAAAUUCCACUAAACUGAUUUUCCACGCUUGUUAAAAGACCUCAAUCUGACUUUUCACCUUCUGUAUUAUUGUAUUUAAUACAGUAACUUCUUCUAUACGUUCCCAGGUUUCUCCCAACUCAGAAAUACGUUACUGAGUCAUUAUACCUGGUUCAUGACCUUUUGCCAAGACGACCAACUGGCAAAGGAAUUUCUGUUAUCUAAAUAUCUACAGAUAAGUCAGGACAGAAAUCCCUAGACUUAAAUAUUAUGCAUCAUUGUCACUAUGUGCACAGACAGUGAUUUCAUAAAACUGAUACGGUUUGAAGGCAGUAAGUGGGUCAUGGCGUUUCCCAGCAGGCCUAGCAGGAGUGAGGGCAUGCUAUGUUUGUACACAGUUUUAACGGCAGUCUUCAUGUAUGUCAUUUUGCAUCACGUCACAUGUCUGUUUGAGUGUAUCACAGCUGCUCUGUUUUUCUGAGCAAUCCUGAGCAGUCUCAGUAUAAAAAAACAUGAGCUUAAAUACACUGUUGCACAAUGUAUGACAUGGACCGUGCACUUUUCCGGAUGUAUAUUCAACUUAAGAAUGUAGAGAGAUGAAGUUGCAACUAUACUAUUGAUAUCAAGUUCUCAGUGACCUCAACUGGUUGGAUUGGUUGUAAAAUUAAUUUGACUCCAUUUCUUAAUCCAGCCCGCUAACACAUUACUGCAUUAGACUAUCCUGCAUCUUUCAUAUCACACAGCUGUUCCAUUCUGAAUAUCGGGGUCAACCAUUUAAAAUAGAAACAUUUAAUACCAUGACAACUAGUUCAUAUUUCAUAAUGUACUGUAUAUUAGACAAACUGAUCUAUUGCAGCUUGUCUCAUUUCUAGCUUCUCAGCUUUAUUUAUGUAAUCUUAACAUAUUUCACAUAUGCAUCAGAAAGUCCUGAAAAAUGUAUUUCACCCAUUUUUCAUUAAACCACAGUCAGCAAAUAUCCAACCUGAAAGUUCUCAACUGCAGUAGAGUUAUUUCUCAAGGCUAGAAUAUGAAAUAAUCCAUAUUAUGUUAGUCAAAUGAGAAGUAGCAGUGGGAUGAAGUCUAAAAAAAAAAAAUCUCACAGACCCAGUGUAGGAGGAUAAGUCCUGACACGGCUGGCUUUUUACAAUUACUUUAGUGUAACCCAGGGGAAAAAUAUGUCACUUCUUCCUGGUAUAGAGGUGAACAUGAGUGGUCCCAGAAGUUCCAGGUGUAAUACAUUGCAGUAAUAAUUAAAACCGACCUGGGAAGCAAUAUUAGAAAAACAUUGGCAUGUUUGCUUCAAAAUUUCAGACUAUCAUUAAGUCCUUACAGCUGGAUUUGUAAUAGCAAUGACUGCUUCACGUCUUAGAAUUAAAACCACUUUGUGCAUUUUCACACUUUACUAUGAUUAGUGAAGUGUGAAUACUGUUUUCAAGCCCAGAAAACCAAUCCCUGAUCGUCUUGAAAACGGUGGUCUGGUUUUGCUUCAGCUCAACCCUGAUGUGGUCCACAUUAGGUGUGGAAGCUAUUCAUAGUCGGCGCCGCAUGUCGCUUAACAUAAAUUGUUUAACUUGUCGCGUUACCUCCUGUUUUUACUUUCCUGAUGCUGGGGAAAGUUUAAUAUGCUUAUUGAUAUGUAAGAUCAGACUUUCUUGGACCAGAGUACUGUACCUUGGACCUUUGUGGUAAAAGUGCUUGCAAUGAAACAUAGCGAAAAAAUGCACGUCUCAUGCUGGCUUGCAUGGCUAAAAACCUUAUAUGAGAGUGGCUCCUUGUUUGCAGUAUUUCUGCACGAUGGCAUUUCAUGCAUCCAAAAAGAGCUGUUCUUCAUCGCUUGAGUGUUGAUACCACAGGAAAAAGGAUGCAAACCUGUGUGCACAGAAGUGACGUACGGAACUGUGCAUUCGAUCUGUAGUUCAGAAGGAUUUGUUCCUGUGAUUAUGAACAAGCCCAGAAUCUGUCCUGGGUGUGGACUUAAGUAUUUGGACCAAGAACAUUCCUGACAAAAUGUGUGUGGCAAAAGUGAGGCCAUUAAUAAAAAAAAAAAAUCUUCUUACAAAACCAAUAAGAGGCAUUGUGACCGGACGCUCAGUCUUCAUCUUUCAGUCAUAACAAAGCGGUCUCCCUCUCACAUCUACAAAAAGUGCGGACUUGGAAGAGACCAACCCCUGUCUCUCGUUGUUCGUUUCCAGAUGUGGUGUCUGGAGAGCCAGAGCCAAUAUAAACAGGCCUGUUUGCCUCUAUCAGUCAGCAGGAAUCAGACACUAAACUCAUUUCCUGAGUGAGUCAUCAGAGGGACAGUGAGGGGAUCAGAGACAGGACAUCUUCAGUAAAGCACACGUGACCCCCUGCAAGCACGAAUCCAUGGGUAAAGCAGUUCAUUGGAAAGCUGCUUGUAAGACGAGCUGGUAAUAACAGAGCUCAAGUCUUCCAGAGAUCCAACAUGCUUUAGUUUUUCAAUUAGACCCAGACGUUGGCUGAAACUUUAUGGAGAAAUGUUCUGUCUGGUUAACAAUCGUUUCAAAGUUUCCACUUCAGUCUCCACAGUCGCAAAGAGCCGUUUGCUUAGCAAGACUGUAACUGAUCUGUUUGUUUGUCCUUAUGUGAAGGCGUUUGGGAGAAUGCAUUAUGAUUCAGCUGGCGUGAUUGGAUUUAAAUGGCCCUGAGGAUUAAUUUUAGGAGGCAUCAGAACAUGCAGAGGAGAAUAUGUGGCAGCCAGUGAGAAGGGCUAGAUACACUAUUAGCAUUGGAGCAGGAAAUUAGCGAGAGGCAGAUGAAUAGAAGAAAUGCAGUGCAAUCCCUGUCAGGUACUAAUUAAAGACGGACAAGUAAGCACUGUUCCCAAAACUACAUAAAUCGGUGGGAUUUGUAAAUGAGCCAGUGCACAGCUGGUUUGAAUGUGUUUUUUAUUCUGGGAUACAAAGAGGAAGCUUUUGUUUUUAAUAUAUUUUUUCUAAAUUGUGUGCAGACAUUAAAUGGGCUUAAUGCCUACCGAGGGAGAGGAAGUGAGGUCUUUUAUUGUGGAGUGGAUGGAUUUCAUCGGGCAAAAAUGAAGUAUAAAAUGAGAACGUUAAAAUGAAUCUAGGCAUGCUGCUUGGGAUGCAAGAUGACCUGGUGGUGCUAUUUAAAAUCACGCCAUGGUUGAAACAUCAGACUAUUAAAUUGGAGGUAUGACUGGAACAGUCAUUAGAAACUCUAAUAGGUUACAUUUCUAGAAGAAUGCAGGCUCCUUGAAUGCCAUGGCUUCCUAUUCAGUGACACUUAUUCAGACAUUCCUUUUAAGAACAGAAACUCUAGAUUGUCUUUCUGAUUUGUUUUUUUUUUCCAGCUUGGGUAAAAGCAGGAUAUUUUCCAUUGUAGAUGACUUCUACAGACUAAUGAGCUGUGCAGUCUUCUUUUUGAGGAAAUGAUUGUGACACGUUGUGUCCAUGGAACCUCCUGUCUUUUCAUGAGGUACACUACGAGUCAAAAAGUCGCACAUGCUUUUGUAGGGUUUUAUGGUAGGGUCCUAUAGAAUAUCACAUAGGAAAUAAUUCAGUGACCAAGAAAAGUGUUAAAUUCAUCGAAAGUACUUUUUGAACGUAAAGUUCCCAAUAGGCAGAGCUCCUCCUUUUCAUUUAAGUUCUAAAUGAAAACUGUGUUUGGGGAAAACUAUUUAAUUUUAUCUUCCUUUGAUUUUUUUAAAGUCAAAAACUACUUAUUAAAUAUACAUUUUGAUUCUGAUUUUUUUUUUCACAUUGGUGUUCACUUUACUGGUGACAUUUGCCAUAACUGUUUCAACCAUAAGCCUUCAUCAAAGAACAGAUUAUCAGUAAAUCAGCAGCAUAACAAGUCCCAUAACAGCAACUGAGCCUGAAAGAAUAGAGCUGAUAAAGAUACAGAGUCUGCAGUUCCACAUUGUGUGUAGUAUAGUGUAACAAAAAUACGUAUUUGUGCCUUUAAGUGGGCUUUGAUGACUAGCUUGUGGCCCGUCAAGACUGAAUUCUGAGUGAGCUUUUCUUCCCCAGUGUGUUUUGGCAUUUUUCUCCAUCAUGAGGUGGACUUCAUGAGGCCACGUUUCCUCAAGGCAGCAGAUAGAUAGACCGGUUUAACCUGAAUGCCUGCUUGCUGUAGGUAUGCAAACGAUGCCCUCGGAGUUUCAGAGCCUCUGUGCAAACACAGACAGGUUGGCAGGGUGUUUUUGGUGGGGGUAAAAAAAUGAAAUCUGGAUGCCAAAGUUUGGAUUCGUACAAGAAAACAGGGCACGUAUCUACCAUGCAGGACAAGGAAAGUGAGACAUGGAUAGGGAGCCAAGUACCUGAGGAUCUGUCCUUAGAUGAGAGGGAUGAGCUGACAAGCAUACGGCGCAGGAAAAAAGAACUACUGGAUGACAUUGAGCGGUUGAAGUUUGAGAUUGCAGAAGUGAUGACGGAAAUCGAGCAGCUCACCUGUGUGGGAGAGAGCAAAACCACACAGAGAAACAAACAGAUUGCCAUGGGAAGAAAGAAAUUCAACAUGGAUCCCAAAAAGGGGAUCCAGUUUCUUUUGGAGAAUGACCUCCUGCAACACACCCCUGAAGAUAUAGCCCAAUUCCUCUACAAAGGGGAGGGUCUAAACAAAACAGUCAUUGGGGAUUACUUAGGGGAACGGGAUGACUUCAACAUUAAAGUACUCCAGGCCUUUGUGGAGCUCCAUGAAUUUGCAGACCUCAAUCUUGUCCAGGCGUUAAGGCAAUUUCUGUGGAGCUUCAGGCUGCCGGGCGAGGCACAGAAGAUCGAUAGAAUGAUGGAGGCCUUUGCGUCCCGGUACUGUCAGUGCAACCCAGGAGUCUUCCAAUCCACAGACACGUGUUAUGUCCUGUCCUUUGCGAUCAUCAUGCUGAACACCAGCCUUCACAACCCCAAUGUCAGGGACAAGCCUGCCGUUGAACGCUUCAUCUCCAUGAACAGGGGGAUCAACGAGGGAGGAGACCUACCAGAGGAGCUGCUCAGGAACUUGUACGAGAGCAUUAAGAGUGAGCCCUUUAAGAUCCCGGAGGAUGAUGGCAACGACCUGACCCACACGUUUUUCAACCCCGACAGAGAAGGCUGGCUGCUUAAGCUAGGAGGAAGAGUGAAAACCUGGAAAAGGCGGUGGUUCAUUUUAACCGACAACUGCCUGUACUACUUCGAGUACACAACGGACAAGGAGCCACGGGGAAUCAUCCCUCUGGAGAACCUCAGUAUCAGAGAGGUGGAUGAGCCCAGGAAGCCUAACUGUUUUGAGCUCUACAACCCCAGCCACAAGGGUCAGGUGAUCAAAGCGUGUAAGACGGAGGCUGAUGGCCGGGUGGUGGAAGGGAACCAUGUGGUCUACAGGAUAUCAGCCCCCACACCAGAGGAGAAAGAGGAGUGGAUCAAGUCUAUAAAAGCCAGCAUCAGCAGGGAUCCCUUCUACGACAUGCUGGCUACCAGGAAACGCCGCAUCGCCAACAAGAAGUGACGCGUGCCUCGUCGCCAUCCGUGAAGCCUUGUGACAUCAUCAAUGUAGGACUUUGUCACGGUGGCCGAUUCUCCACAAUUUAAACCCAUCAUCUCUUAUUUCGCUCUGUUUUCCCUCCAUGUGUCAGAGCAAAAUGCGGCCGCUGUUGCUUUCCCUGCACUUGCAUGGAUGUCAGCGCGCACACAUGGACAGCGCACGUGAGAGUCCAGAGGUUUACGGAUUGAUGGGAUGCGACCAUGAAAUCCCAGUGUGCUCAGACCUCAGUCUAUCCCCAGUCACUAAAGCAACACUUUGCUCAUGUGAUUAGUAAGAACAGAAAGCUGGAGCCAGUUAGGAUUAUGGAAAUGAACUGGCGUCCAGUAGCUGUUCUAUUUAUUAUCAAGUAAAUUUAAGCUCUUAGUGUAAGGUGUUUCUUUAAUGACCAGUGAGAGCUACAGCGUACUCCAAUCAUCCACACAUUAUAUUCCACAUUGUCAUUCCACUGCAGCUCUAACUGACAUAGACUAUUAUCUCACUAUGGUGCUGAACGAGUUUCUGUCUGUGCAAUUUGUUCAAGAAAAACAGCAAAAAAAGCUUGAAAGGUUUCUAAUAUAAAUGUCGGAAUGCAAUUUAACACUAUGUGGCAGUCUUAAGUCAGCUGGACUGAUUUCUUUAAUUUGUUGACAGAGUACUAGAGGAAAUACAGGUAUGUUUUUGCAUCCUUUUAGCUUUCUUUGUAAAUGGGCUGGUGCCAGUGAGUUUAAGCUUUCUGUUUAGUCCUUAGAAAUGAGCAUUAAGAGAGACCACAGGGCUAAGGCCUCUGUUAAGGAAUGUGUGACUGAAGCUAUUAAGACACAAAUGUAACACAAAUGUCUGUUUUAUGGAGUUUUCUAUUGGUUACACCCUUGGGGGCCUUGAGCCACAUGUAUCACUCUACUCAGUGUACAAGUGCUGAUCAGGGAUCAGUCUUUACUCUUGUUUAUAAUUAUAUGGACAAGUGUGAUCCUAGAUCAGUUCUUUACUCUGAGACUCUUGAUGUAGAAGUUUGACAAUGUAUUGCUGUGUUGUGAAUGUUUAUCCCUGUUAAAAGCUAAAAUUUUGCUUGCCUUUAUGUUCCCUUUACAAACAUAAGUGAAUAUCUUUUUAUAUUUAUUUUCUCUGUGAAAUGUUUGACCUGUAAUUGCUGAUACUAUGGACUUAAGUUAUGUGUAAAUAAUGUAAACAGUUGUCUUCUUUGUGUAUGUAUGAGUUACUGCAUAUAAAUCACAACAGCUAUGG